CCUGCCCUUACCUUGGCAUGUAAUCUGCAUAGGACAGUGGCCUGGUCACAGGGGCCCAUUGUGGGGAGGUUGGGAAGUUAAAGAACACUCUGGUCUCCUCCAUCAUGUCGGCCAAGAAGGCAGAACUGAAGAAAACGAGCCUGCCUGAGCUCCUGAAAUAAUACCCACACGGUUUCCAUAAAGUUAUCUCCAAGGGCUUUCCCUGCUCAGGCCCCCGGCAGGGAGAAGGAGGCCUGCUGACCGGGCAGGUGCGUGCUCAUGAAAGGAAGAUAAGCUGACAAGAACAAGAACUAUAAGGCAGGGUGCCUGGAAAUGAAGCCAGAGCCGACCAAAGUAAGAAGCUUUUUUGAGGCCAUGCCGGCAGCCAGGCCUGAGACCCGUGGGGAGGUGACCUGGAGUCAGGGGUCAUUCGCUGUUCCUGGUGGCCAAGACCUGUCCCAGACAUAUGACUACAAAGCAGUAAAACAAGAAGGGCCGUUUACCAAACCAGGAGGGACGCACGAGCUAAGGAAUGAACUCAGGGAGGUGAGGGAAGAGCUCAAGGAAAAAAUGGACGAGAUCAAACAGAUAAAGGGCAUAAUGGACAAGGAUUUUGAUAAACUCCAGGAAUUCGUGGAGAUUAUGAAGGAAAUGCAGAAGGAUAUGGAUGAGAAGAUGGAUGUUUUAAUAAAUAUACAGAAGAACAGCAAGCUGCCCCUUAGAAGAGGGCCAAAGGAACAGCAGGAACUCAGGCUGGUAGGGAAAACAGACACAGACCCACAGCUCCGGCUCAAGAAGAUGGAGGGAGCUGAUGGAACACCACUUUCUCUUCACAAGAAGAUGAUGGCACUACAAAAACCAAAAAAGGGCCCUCUGGAUUCCCUUCACCAAUGCGGGCCAUGCUGCGAAAAAUGUUUGUUGUGUGCCCUAAAGAACAACUACAAUCAGGGCAGCAGAAAACUUCCAUAUCAGGCCUGGCCACCCUUUUCGUCCUUGGCUUCUGGAGCUGCUAUCUGAUUUAUCUGUACUGCCAGCCCUGCGUGGUGGAGGACAUGCUCCCAACCUAGCGCCGCCGCGGAACCCAUCAGCAGCUCCAGCUUUUCCUCCCCCCGCCCCACACUUCGAGCUGCACGGCUAAGGCUUGUGGCCCUUGGACCUGCCACCCUGCCCCAGGCCUACCCCCACCCGGAGAUUAAAAUCUUUGUUUAAAGCCAAA